AGUGCUAACAACCGACGUAUAACUAGCCGUAGAUCUUGGGGCCCGUUGUGGUUAUUGUGCAUAUCAAGCUGUGAUAAGCGCACAGGAUACAUGAUAAAAGUUCAGUAGGCCUAUGAGAUACAACUUCGAAAUACAUUUAUAGAAAAUAAAAGUGUUGGACAAUCGUAGGCAAAACUCCAUUUAUGGUCGGAACGAGAACUCCAAACUGUUUGCAUUAAACAUCAGCCGUUAACAAUGGCAAGCACUGAUGCCAUCCCGGACACCGUUUUGCCCCCUUCGUCUGGAAUCGAAGAAAGCGAAAGAGACGGGGCCAUCUGGAGGGCAAUCGUCAACUUCUUCAUCACCUUCUUCGGUCUCUUCGGGAACUCCUUGAUCCUGCGGGUUUACUCGCGCAAAACGUGCAAGAAGAGCACUGAGGUUCUCAUCAUGGGACUGGCGGGCGUUGACCUUACGGUGUGCCUGUUGCGUAUCCGCAAUGUGGUCGAGUUCUCGUAUACGAUCGCCGGCGUCGAGGUUCCAUUUGUUGUCCGGAUUCUGGUGGUCCCUUCCAGAAUCGCGCUCGGUACGUCGGUCGUAAUGACGGGCGUCAUCGCCUUAGACCGUUACGAUAGCGUGUGUCGGUUCAACAAGCGGUUCUUCAACAAACGGCGAGCCAAAAUAGCCAUAUUGGUGUCGAUUGCGAUCGCCGUACUGAUGGAGUCGCCGGGCAUUCUAAGCGGCGUCAUGUCGUUUCCCAUCGUGAAGAAAGUCGCCCAUGUUAGCCACUUGACCCUCUAUCUGACAAUGCUGCUCAUGACAAUCGUUUGCUAUGGAAAUGUGUAUAAGACCAUAACAAGAAAACGUAAAAUCCGUAUUGGAUUGGUGAGAACGGGCAGUAAACCACCAGCCGUUCCCACCAUCAGCCACAACAUUCCCACACUUCCGAGAAAGCACAGAGUAAGUCGGACGCGAGUAGAACCUCUGCCUAGUGAGUCCGAAUUCGGACCGUCAACGUCGGCAUCAACAUCAAUGAUGUACAGAUCGACACCUCAACACCCGUUUUAUCAGCAAUCGAACACAUCCAAAUCGCAGAGUCGACCACCACGGAUGUCUUGGCCGGAGCGUAGCGUAAGCGAUACCCAAGGGCCAAGCUGGGCCGUACAGACAAGCGUCCUAAAACGCAUCCGAGGGAGGGUGCCUCCGUCCGGUAACCAGCCUCUCAUGAGGGAAUUGAUGCAGCGGAGGGUGACCCGCAUGCUGUUCAUUACCAGCGUGGUGUUCUUGUUGACCUGGCUGCCCUUUUGGAUCUAUGUGGCUACGGAUCUGUUUGUGCUGAACGGUGGGACAGUUGACGAAGGUGUCCUCACCAAGAUGUACAGCACCACAGUUCUGGCAGCCGUCAACAGCACCGUGAACCCACUGAUAUACGGACUCGCUAAUAGGCAAUUUCGUAAGGACUGCGCAGCCGUUUGUUCGAAAAAUCAACCUUAAUUGUUGAA